UUUCUAGCCAUAUUGCUAUUAUGUUUAAUUGUCACUUUUGAUAUUCUUGCCGACAUUUAAUUGUUCAUCCAGAGUGCUGCUGCUUCAACACCAAAUGCAUUAAUUGCCUCAAGAGUAUCCAGCCCCACCAUUCUGCAACUCCACCUUCUGUUUACACUGUUUCAAGUUUUGAAUCUUGACUAACAUAUUCCAUUUUCCUUCUCUUUCUUCCUACUUUCUCGCCUUCCAAACAGACAAAAUCACAGAAACUUCAACUCAUCGACAGAUGGAGAUCACCAUAAAGGAGUCCACCAUCGUUCGUCCUGCUGAAGAAACUCCCCAGAAAACCCUAUGGAACUCAAACUUGGACGUGGUGAUGACGAGGUACCAUCUCCCCACUGUUUAUUACUAUACAAACCCUAAUGGUUCUUCUGGUUUCUUUGAUACCUUAAAGCUCAGGGAAGCUUUGAGCAAGGUUCUUGUGGCGUUUUACCCCAUUGCUGGAAGGUUGGGGUUUGACGAGAAUGGAAGACUUGAGAUAUUGUGCAACGGUGAAGGAGUUUUGUUCGUAGAAGCCGAAGCUAGUUCGAUCAUGGAGCAUUUGGUUGGUGAUUUCAGUGAUGAUUCUCAGGUUUUGCAACUGAUUCCAAAGGUUGAUUAUUCUGGAGGAAUUUCUUCUUAUCCACUCGCUGUAUUACAGGUAACUAAGUUCAAAUGUGGUGGAGUUUGUCUUGGAGUUGGGUGGCAACAUACUUUAGGAGAUGGCUUAUCGGCUCUUCAUUUCAUCAAUAGUUGGGCUGAUAUUGCAAAAGGUUCGUCGCCCACCGUUGGCCUGGUCAUCGACCGAACUCUUCUCCGUGCUCGAGAUCCGCCGACGCCUAAAUUCCACCAUGUUGAAUACGAUCCUUUUCCUUUAAUGAACUCUACAUCAGAUGAUAUCAAGCCAUCCACUGUGUCCACCUUUACGCUCACAGCUGAUCAAUUGAAUACACUGAAAGAUAAAGCAAAUGCUGCAAAUGCACACAGUGGUAUAAAACAUAGUAGUUUCAACAUCUUAGCUGCACAUAUAUGGCGUUGUGUAAGUAAAGCAAGGGGUCUCUCAAAUGAUCAAGCUACCAAGCUGAGUUUUCCGAUUGAUGGUAGAUCGAAAUUGGAUCCUCCUCUCCCAGAAGGCUACUUCGGCAAUGUAAUCUUUCCGGCUUCACAGAUUGCUCGAGCCGGUGAUCUCAGAAUCGAACCGUUUAUCGAUACCGUAAAGAGGAUCAAUGAACGAUUGAAGGUGAUCAAUGAUGAAUAUCUGAGAUCAUCACUUGAUUACAUGGAAAAAGUGUCUGAUUUAAGCGCAUUGGUUAGGGGACACCAUACCUACAGAUGCCCUAAUCUUAAUAUUGUUCCAUGGAUAUAUUUGCCCCUAUAUGAUGCAGAUUUCGGAUGGGGUCGUCCCUUGUACAUGGGACCAGCAAAUGUCGUCCAUGAAGGCAAAUUUUACAUAAUUCCAAGUCCAGAUAAUGAUGGGACCAUGUCACUGGUAACUCGCUUGGAAACCUCUCACAUGAAACUCUUUGAGCAACUUCUUUAUGAAUUUUAAUAUUUAUGUUGUUUGAUCAAUUUCGUACUUGUGAUGUAAUAGAUGGGAACUAAGAUUUGUAUUUUAUGUUUCGGAUUCUAAUGUUUGAUUGUUAUCGUAAUUUUUUAUUUUGAGUA